AACAAUCAUCAACAACAACAACAACAACAACUGCUAAACCUACAACAUCUAAAACAACAAUUGCACCAAGCACAACUUCACUAAAAACAACUCCUAACCCCAAAGCAACUGCAACAUCUACACCCAGUGAAUCAACAAAUACAACCCCAUGUAAUCCGACAAAUGCACCACCAACAUCAGCUGGUUCCUCCAAAACAACAGCAACAACAGCUGGUUCCUCCAAAACAACAGCAACAACAGCUGGUACCUCCAAAACAACAGCAACAACAAAUGGUUCUUUCAAGACAACUACACAACGAACAACAUUUUCUCCCAAAACGACAGCGACUCCUAACCCCAAAACAACUGCAACAUCUACACCCAGUGAAUCAACAAAUACAACCCCAUGUAAUCCGACAAAUGCACCACCAACAUCAGCUGGUUCUUCCAAAACAACAGCAACAACAGCUGGUUCCUACAAAACAACAGCAACAACAGCUGGUUCCUCCAAAACAACAGCAACAACAGCUGGUACCUCCAAAACAACAGCAACAACAAAUGGUUCUUUCAAGACAACUACACAACGAACAACAUUUUCUCCCAAAACGACGGCGGCAAUAACAACUGCUAAACCCACAACAACAACCACUCCUCAACCACCACCACCAACAACAACUUCUCAACAAACUACGACAAAAAUAGCUGAACCCACAACAACAGCUGAACCCACAACAACUACUGAACCAACAACAACAACUGCUGAACCCACAACAACAACAGCUGAACCUACAACAACUUCUGAACCUAACACAACAGCUGAACCAACAACAACAGCUGAACCCACAACAACCAUGGCUGAACCCACAACAACAACAACAACUGCUGAACCAACAACAACCACCGAACCCACAACAACCGCCGAACCCACAACAACGACUGCUGAACCCACUACAACGACAGCUGAACCCACAACAACAACAGCUGAACCCACAACCACUACUGAAUCAACAACAACAGCUGAACCCACAACAACUGCUGAAGCCACAACAACAACUGCUGAAUCCAC